ACGUGCGCGUCGUGCGAGCGUACCUAAUCACCCACGAAUUAAUCAAUCCGGCGCCUCGCGAAGGAAACGGUCGAUUUAAGUCGCGACCGCCGCCGACGCGACACCGAGAAAAAACGCACAUGCACGGAAGAGGCGGCUCUGGAAUCGAGGGUUGACGCGGGGCGCGCACGCAAUGAACGACGACCAGCAUGAACCGACCCCGUCGAAGGGCCCGGUGCGGCUCAAGCGGGAGUUGGGCCUCUUCUCAGCGAUCAACAUGAUCCUCGCCGUCAUGAUAGGUUCCGGGAUCUUCGUUUCGCCCGCCUCCGCCCUGAAGUACUCGGGCUCGGUUGGUAUGGCGAUCGUAGUGUGGACGGUGUGCGGCCUGGUGUCCCUCCUGGGGGCCCUCGCGUUCGCCGAGCUAGGCACCGUGAUCCCCAGGUCGGGAGCCGAAUACGCCUACUUCAUGGAUUCCUUCGGGCCCCUGCACCCUUUCUGGGGCAGGCUGCCCGCCUUUCUCUACUCGUGGCUCAUGGUGGUCAUCAUCAGGCCGGCCGAAGUGGCCGUCAUCGUGCUCACCUUCAGCGAGUACCUGUGCCAGCCGGUGCUGGACGUCCUCUGCGUCGAGGACCGCCGCGACGUCGGCCAAGUCGUCAAAAUCGUCGCCGUCGUCGCUCUAGCCACCAUCACGUACAUAAACGUCGCGAGCGUCAAACUCUACGUCACGGUGCAGAACGUGUUCGGCUCAUUCAAGGUCGUCGCAUGUCUCGUCGUCAUCUUCGGCGGCUUGUACGAGCUGUGCGCCGGCAACACCGCAAACCUCGCUAGGGGCUUCGAGGGCACGAGCUCGUCGCCGAAGAGCCUCGCUCUCGCGUUCUACAGCGGCCUGUGGGCGUACGACGGCUGGUCCGCGGUAACCGUCGUCACCGAGGAGGUCAAACGACCGGAAGUCAAUAUCCCGCGCAGCAUCGAGAUAAGCGUGCCGAUCGUCACCGUCCUCUACGUCUUCAUGAAUAUCGCCUACAUGACGGUGCUGUCGGUCCCUGAGAUGGUGAGCGCGAACGCGGUGGCCGUCGCCUUCGGCGAGAAGGUCCUCGGACCUGUGGCUUUCGUCGUGCCGCUGGGAGUCGCCCUCAGUACCUUCGGCUGCGCCCUCAGCGUCCAGUUCGGCGUCACCAGGUUGUGUUACGUCGCCGGUCAGGACGGGUUUAUGCUGGAGAGCUUCUCCUACGUGCACCGGCAGCGUCUCACGCCCGCUCCGGCCGUCAUCUACCAGGGCCUGGUAGCGUUCCUGUUCAUCGUCGCCGGCGACAUCGUGCAGCUCAUCGAGUUCGCGAGCUUCCUCAUAUGGCUCGCCUACGGUACCGCGAUGCUCUCGCUGCUGGUGCUCAGGCGCACCAUGAAGGACGUGCCCAGACCGUACAAGGUGCCCGUGUGGAUACCGGUGUUUAUUUUUUUGGUCGCCCUGUACCUCAGCGUCACGCCGAUAGUCACCGACCCCGACCCGAUGUACCUCUUCGCGUUGGGCUUCACGUCGCUAGGCGUCCCGGUCUACUACUGGUGCAUUUACAAGAGGCGACGCCCCGACAGGCUCAUGAAUCGUCUCACGUUCCUGGUGCAGGUGCUGCUGGAGGUGGUGCCGCCGGAAGCGGCCGAGCGCCGCUCCACCUGAUAUUGUUAUUUCAUUAAAUCCGUACGGAAACGAAGGCGUUUUUUUUAUUA